CAGGAAGAUGAAGAUGAAUCGAGGCUAAAACCAUCACCUGAUGCUGAUGCAGUUAUUCAUUUUGUGCGUCCAGAUAAACCAUCAGAGCUACCUGCUGGCAGAUUGGUUCGUAUUUUAGUUGGUUUUACUAAUAAUGGUGAUAAAGAUUUUACAGUUGAAAGUAUGGAUGCCUCAUUCCGUUAUCCACAAGAUUAUUCUUUCUACCUACAAAAUUAUACUACUGUCCCAUUUGGCCAAGUUGUAGAACCUAAACGCCAAGCAACAUUUGAGUACUUUUUCACUCCAAGUGACGCUUUCAGUGGUCGACCUUUUGGACUGACAGUUAUGUUAAACUAUAAAGAUGCAACUGGUGCUGAAUUUGCUAAUGCUGUAUUCAAUGAAACUAUAACAGUAGUAGAACCAGAGGAGGGUUUAGAUGCAGAAACUUUUUUCAUGUAUGUGUUUUUAGCUGCUGCUGUUGUGUUAUUACUUAUUGGUGCUCAACAAUUACUUUCAUCAUUCAAAAAAAAGCCAGUACGCUCCAAAGCACCUGUCGAAAUGGGGACACAGAAUUCAGAUAUCGAUUACGAUUGGAUCCCAAAGGAAGCUCUGAUAAGUAUGUGUUCUUUAAUACUUUAUCAUUCACCAAGACGAACCCCAAAGCAAUCACCCCGACAAAGACGAACAAAGCGUUCAACAGGGUCGGGGGAAGAGUAG